ACGUUAGCUAAUGGUAUUUUAAAAGCAAUUAUAAUAAUAAUCAAAUAGACCACCAUUAAUAUAUUCGCAAUAAUGAUAAGUGUCCAAGAAAACAAGUGAUAUCAAUUACCUUUUGUUGUAAACUGAUAAUAAUUACUUUUUGGUUUAAUAUUCCUAAUUAUCUGUGUUGGUGAGUUAGUGAUCAGUGUCAUGUGCCAGAGGAACGUAGUGGAAUGUUAAUCGUUUGUAGAUGUUUUCGUGGAAUAAUUUAGUGAAUGUUUUGGGUAGAUUGUUAGGAAUCUAUAGGAGAGCAUUAAGCAUUGAGGGUACGACAAUGGGUGAUCGGGUGGAGCCACAAGUUCCUGGGCCCGAUUUGGUGGGUGUAAAUGUGGAAAGGCCGCCUCUAGUACAUCAACAGUCCACAGUAUGGAACCGAAGACAGAAUGCAGUGAGUGUAAGGCACGCGUACAAGCACUAUGGCUCGAAGAAGAAACCCAACCACGUGUUGAGUGAUUUAAACAUGACUGUGGGCAAGGGAACAAUAUAUGGUCUGCUGGGCGCAUCAGGUUGUGGGAAAACGACUCUCUUGUCCUGCAUCGUGGGAAGGCGGAGACUCAACACUGGAGAGAUAUGGGUACUGGGAGGAAAACCAGGUACAAAAGGUUCGGGAGUACCGGGUAAGCGUGUGGGUUACAUGCCUCAGGAAAUAGCUCUUUACGGAGAAUUCACAAUCAAAGAAACGAUGAUGUACUUUGGAUGGAUCUUCGGUAUGGAGUCAAAAGAAAUUUACGAAAGACUGCAGUUUUUACUUAACUUCUUGGAUUUACCUAGUCAAAAUCGUAUGGUUAAGAAUCUUAGUGGUGGUCAACAACGAAGAGUGUCGUUUGCGGUGGCUCUAAUGCACGAUCCAGAACUUUUAAUCCUUGACGAACCCACUGUUGGUGUGGAUCCUUUGCUUAGGCAAAGUAUAUGGAAUCACCUUGUACAAAUCACAAAGGACGGCAACAAGACAGUCAUAAUUACAACACAUUAUAUUGAAGAAGCUAGGCAAGCACAUACUAUUGGCCUUAUGAGGAGCGGUAAGCUCCUGGCAGAAGAAUCCCCACAAGUUUUGCUACAGAUGUAUCAAUGUACCUCCUUAGAAGACGUAUUUUUAAAACUAUCUAGGAAGCAAGUUCAAGUAGGUGCGGCAGCUAAUGACCAAAAUAUGGCUAAUAACAUUAGUUUAGCUACACUUAAUUGGUCCAAGAAAGAGUCCGUCUCCGUGACGGAGGAGAGUGGAGUGGUCGGCUUGAAUUUCCAUCAAAGCAAAGAAGUUUUAGUUCCUGAUAGCAACGGACAUUUAGAUAUGGGAAAACCACCUUCUUCGGCAACUCAUGGUAUCAAAGAAGCAUGCGACGACUGUAGUAGCUGUUCAGAUUUCACAACGACGGGAAAACUUCGAGCCCUCCUCCAAAAGAAUUUCCUCAGAAUGUGGAGGAAUGUCGGGGUGAUGUUAUUCAUCUUCGCUCUACCUGUGAUGCAAGUUAUCCUCUUCUGUUUGGCCAUCGGGGGAGAUCCCAAAGGACUCAAACUAGCCAUAGUAAAUCACGAAAAGAACUUUACGAAUUUGACUUAUCAGGAAUGCGAGUAUGAAAAAGGAUGUAAGUUCGGAAACCUAAGUUGUCGAUACGUAGACACAAUAAAUACGACAACGAUCAUCAAACAAUAUUAUGCGACGCCCGAAGAAGCCAAAGAGGCGGUUAGAACGGGCAACGCGUGGGGUGCCUUGUACUUUACCGAGAACUUUACCGACGCUCUGGUAGCUAGGAUGGCCUUAGGGAAAGACGCGGACGAAGAAACGUUGGAUCAAAGCGAAGUGAGAGUUUGGCUGGAUAUGUCAAAUCAACAAAUAGGUAUUAUACUUCAACGAGAUCUUCAGCUGGCGUUCCAAAAUUUCACGAAAGAUAUAUUUAGGGAUUGUGAAUAUAAUGAAGAAUUGGCCGAGAUACCUAUAUCGUUUAAGGAACCUAUCUAUGGCUCUAACCAGCCGUCCUUUACAGACUUCGUAGCACCUGGUGUAAUAUUAACGAUCGUGUUUUUCUUGGCUGUGGCUCUGACAUCCUCUGCUUUAAUUAUAGAAAGAAUGGAAGGAUUAUUGGACAGAUCUUGGGUAGCCGGUGUAACACCAAGCGAAAUUCUAUUUUCCCACGUCAUCACUCAGUUCGUGGUAAUGUGCGGCCAAACAACUCUCGUACUUAUCUUCAUGAUUAUCGUUUUCCAAGUUGAAUGCAAAGGAGACAUCUUCCUUGUCGUAGUUAUUACGAUUCUUCAAGGAUUGUGUGGUAUGUGCUUCGGAUUCGUCAUCUCUGCCAUCUGUGAGCUCGAACGAAAUGCAAUCCAGCUGGCUCUGGGUAGCUUUUACCCAACUCUUCUGUUGAGCGGUGUCAUCUGGCCGAUAGAGGGAAUGCCAACGGUGCUGCGAUAUAUAUCCACGUUCCUGCCUCUGACCCUGGCCACGACCUCUUUGAGAUCCAUGAUGACCAGGGGCUGGUCCAUAGGAGAACCCGACGUCUAUUACGGAUUUAUAGCUACCAUAGUAUGGAUAGUACUAUUUUUAACGAUUAGUUUACUGGUGCUAAGAUCUAAGAGGGGUUGAAAACCAUUUAGUAAAUUGUUUACCGCGUGGGAAAUUUUGUAUGUAUAAUUCUACUUUUUAAUAAACAGAUCAGAUCUAAAAACUCUAUUUAAUUGUUUGGAAGGGUGUUUUUGCGAAUCCAGUAAAUACAGCCAAAAAUUGGCUUAAGUGAUGGACAGUAAAUCUAUGUUAUAAACUUGCCCCCUUAAAUACUGUAAGUACUAGUAUUAAUUUAAUUUUUGUAUAUUUUUUACUCAUUGCGCGUACUGUCUUUAUGGUAUUUUAUGGCGUUAGGUAGAUAAGUUUUUGAGGAAUACUAAAAUCAAAGCUGAAAUUUGAUAUUGAAAUAAUCACAAAGGUACCGUUGCGUUAUCAGGUCAAGAAUAAUAUAUUAUAAAACAAAUAGCAUUUCAUUAUUAGUAGUGUAGGAACCAAGAAGUUUGAGUAUGCGCUUUUAUGUCCUUUUGGUACCAUGAUGUUUUUAAGUUUUUUGGUGCGUAGAUUCGAUAUUUCUAGGGUACCAGGCUGAAAACUUUAAUUAUGUAAAUGAUUCUAUCUCCUAAACUAUGUAUUAGAGAUAUUUAAUUCUAAAUGAAAAUAGGUAUGUAGUUCCUUUUUAAAAAUUAACAAAAUGGUGUUUGACAAAUUUGAUCCAAUUGUUAGAACUGGAGUUAUAACAAAUUAAGUAAAAAACAAUUGUAAUAGCUAUUUGUAUAACAAGGGAGGAAAGUGUAACUUUUCCUCCCGAGAAUGAAGUUUACUGCCCGACGCGUAGCGGAGGGCAGUAAUCAUUCAAGGGAGGAAAAGACACUUUACUCCCAUGUUAUACAUAUGGUUUUUCCACCUUCCUCAAAUAACAAGUCAUUUUUUCGUUUUUACUUAAUUUAUUUAUGUAACUAACCAACAAAAUUUAUUAGAACUAAAACUAACAAGUAUGUACAAUAUAACUGUCAACUGUCAAAUAUAAGUCAAAUUAUUAAUGUAAACAUUGUUAUAUCAAAAUAACAAUUUACUGUUUUUUACCAUUCUGCAAAAUACAGGGUGUUUUAUAAAUAAACGUUAAAAUGUAUAGAUACUUCGUAAUAGAAAAUAGAUAUUGUACAGGGCGUCAAUAAGUUAUAUUUCAUGAAUGAAAUACCAUGACGUCACUUUUAAUUUUCCUCCCUAGGGAGGAAAAAUAUUUUCCUCCCUAGGGAGGAAAAGUACAACUUUGCUCCCUACAAUCAGGUCUGGAAAAGUAUACUUUCGGUAGAGGUAGGUGGAAAAAUACUUAUUAAAACAAUUACUUAUCUUCCUAAACAUAUAUAUUACUUUCGUUGGGCUAUUUUAUUUUUUUCAAGUUGGCUAACGUAAUAUGGCUUUAGAAAAUUUAGGUUUGUGUUGUUGGCGUCACACAAUAGAUUUUAAUACAGGUGAUCCCAUUCACCCCACUUGGUGGGGUGAAUAGGAACACCAGGUUUUGAUUUUUUUAUGAUUAAAGUAUUAACUUUUUAAUUUAUUAACAUCUAAAUAUCAAAAGAGAAAAUUAAGACCCAAAUAACGAUGCAUAAGUUUUAUGGUUGCAAUAUGUGUUAGUGACAUUUUUUCAGUUGAAAGUUGAAAACCGUUCCUAUUUACCCCAUUUUACGGUAAAUCAAAUUUCAAUAUCUCGCCACAAAAAUUAACAUAGAAAUGUAUACCCAAACUUGAAAUGAUCGUUUUGAGUUGAUCUAUAUGUUUCAUUAGUUAGAUUUUAUUAGCUUAAUUUUGUGUAAACCUCUUAUUGACAAAUUAAUUCCCAACUUUUUAGUGGAAUUUUUAAUUGUUAAGUUUCUAAUUAAUAUAUAUAUCUAGGUAAUCAAAAAUAGUACUUUUUCAAAAAAUUUUUUUAAGAUGAAAUAAUUACCUUUAAAAUUAGGGGCGUUAAUCGCACGUAGGAAUGCUGAGUUAUACGUGGAAAAGUCCAUUCGAAUGCCUAUUUUGAAAUAGUUUUUCACGAAAUUUGCUAAUGUAGAUAUAAAAAUAUCGGAAAAGAAAUGAAAGUCAUAAUUUACACAACAGUCAUCAGAGUAAUAAUUACAUAAGCGGCAGAAACAAGACGUGCCACAGAGAGGACAAAAAUUCUGCUAGAAACAGCAUAGAUGAAAACCAUUCGAAAAAUCAAUGGUAAGAUAAUAUGGGAUAUACGAGUAUAUUCUGUGCUAGAAGCACAUAUAUACGACGGAUAUGCAAGGUAGUGAACAUUAAAAACUGUGUAAGAAACAAAAGAGUAGAAUGGUACGACCACAUCCGAAUAACAAAAAAUAGAGUAGUAAAGUUGGAACUACAACUUAUAGGUACUGGAGGCACAUUGAAAAAAUAGACAUGUCUUCAGAAAAAGAAGAAGAAAAAAUUUGUUAAAACUCCGGUUCUAACAAUCGGAUCAAAUUUUACCAAACCCCAUUUUAAUCAAUUUUUCAAAACAUCAUUUUCAUGUUUGUAAAAUUAAGUACUUAUCUCUAAUAGUUUAGGAGAUCAUCAUCAGAUAUUCAUUUAAACGAUUAAAUUAUUAGUAACAAAUUAUCUGACUGGUUUUCAGCCUGGUACCCUCGAAAAAUCGAAUUUACGCACCAGAAAACAUGAAGGUACUGAGGGAACAUAAGAGUGCAUAUUCAACCAUCCCCUUGUUCCUAGACUAUAUACUGAUUAUAUUUAAUUAGAUUAUAUUUUAUUAUUUAAGUAAUACUGAGAUAAAAUCAGAAUUCAUUGUGUGGUGGUGCAGAUUCCAAAGUACAUUCAGAGGAUUUCUUCCAGAUCCAUUUUGUCAUAAACGAGUUGCUUGCAACAUAAUGUGCAUUAAUCUGGUAAUUUUGUAAGCUGAGGUUUUAUUCCUCCUAUUGUUCUUCUUUCAAAUGUUGGAUAACAUCAUAACUUUUGGAUUUCGUCCUAAAAAUAAUAUUACUGCUUCAGUUCAGUUGAUAGUUGACGGCAUUUUCGUUCCAGUUUCUUAGAUUAUGCCACCAGAAUAUCACCAUCUUCGAAGAUUCAUGUUAUUGUAUGGACAUUAUUUACUUUAUUUUGUUGUUGCCUACAAGAAUAGCCUUCUAGAAAUCUCAGCAUCUUCUCCUCUGCCUUUUUCGUCUUUAUUUAAGUAAAAAAAUCAGUGAAAGGUUACUGUAAGCCGCUUUUCUUUCAGAAUGUUGCAGAUCCCGACUUAUUAAUUAAACACAAAUGUUGCUCUACAUUGAAACGAAUUAGUCGCUUUGUUUAUUGCAUAAUACAUAUAUCAUUCUGUUUUUUGAUGUUAUGCAGCGUUCACGCUGGUUGUUGAAUGCAUAAAUAUCCUCUUCUUCCCUUCUGAUUAUUGUGCUAAUAUCAGGUAUGCCGUAUCAGUCUUAUAUCUCUAUUAUAUUUCUUAUCUUUAAAUUACAUACUUUAAAGAGUAAACCCAUUUUGGAGCCCAUAGUCCUUAUAGAACAUCGUAUUAUAACAAAAACAUAGUCCUAAGAUUAUGUUAUUGGCAUCGUUUUAGUAUUUUUCGAAAAAUCUUCAAAUUUUAUUAAGUAUUUUUGUUUUACUUAAAAAUAUUUAUUAAUAUUUUUGUCAAAAAAGAACUUAUACUUAUCGUGGUUUUUGAGAUAUUUUCUUUGUAGUAAAGACGUAUGUGUUGAAUAGUUUUAAAAGUGCUCAAACCUAAUUUUCAUAUUGUUAUAAGUGGUAUUGUGAUGUAUGUUUUGUUAUAUAGUAGAUAUAAUAAAAUUUUACAAAAUUUC